AACGGACCUGGACGACAACGCCAUGCUGCGCAUGUCAGGGGAUCACGGGCGGGCGGGUGCGGGCAUGCCCUCUCUGUAAUGUCCUCCAGGGUUGCCGCAAUGGGCAAUUCGAGCGCUGCCAGCCACUCAGAGGGCGCCGUGCCCCUCCACAGCUACGCUAAGUACAGCUACACUAAUAAGUACGUACAUACUGAACUCCAUAGUGCAUCCGGGCCCUGGAGGAAUUGGCAUCGGCAGCCCACCUCGCGGGCCCCAGAAAAAAGUUUUGAGAUGCGGCAGCCUCGACGUCACAAUCAACAAGACUGUGCAGAGCCGCAUCAUUUCGACCCGUUCGUGAGUGCUGCUGAGAUCUGGGUCAGGUACAGACAGCAUCAGGCCCACAAGCUGGUUUCUCCUGCUCCGUGACGAAGUGCAGCAGCAACAGCAACAGCAACAGCCAUCGCCCAGACGCAGCCGUGCGCUGUGCCCCGCGGCAGCCUCUGACACAAGCAACAACGGCUUAUCCGCGA